AUGAUUAUGGACAAUUUUAUUGCUUUGAUGAUUGCUAGUCAUGAUACGACGUCAAUUCUCCUGAGCUUGAUGGUAUGGAAGAUGUCUAGAGAUCCCGAGGUCUACCAGAAAAUUUUGGAAGAACAAAUGGGUAUUCUAGAGAAUAGAGAGGGAAGAGAAGAAAAGUUAACAUGGGAUGAUAUACAAAAAAUGAAGUACACUUGGAGAGUCGCACAAGAAUUGAUGAGGACCAUACCCCCUCUGUUUGGCAGCUUUAGAACAGCACUUAAGGAUACCACCUUUGGUGGCUAUGUUAUCCCUAAAGGAUGGCAGGUGCUUUCGGUAACACAUAGCACUCACAUGGACAAGGAUAUUUUUGAUAAUCCAAUGGAGUUCGACCCAUCUCGGUUUGAAAACUCAUCUAAACGAAUCUCUCCUUACACUUAUGUACCUUUUGGAGGAGGACUUCAUAAGUGCAUAGGAAAUGAGUUUACCAGGGUUGAAACCCUAACUAUGGUCCACAAUCUUGUGACACAGUAUGAAUGGACACAAGUUCAUCCCGAGGAAGUGAUCACCCGUCAACCAGUGCCAUAUCCAUCCAUGGGUCUUCCAAUCAAGAUCAAGCCGAGAACCAUGCUAUAG